AAGUAUAUAUUACUCGGCAAAUUGAAGAUCAAAUAGUGUUAGAACCUGAUGAACUCGUUACUAGUAAAGUAGAAGUUGUCAAAGCUCUAAUAUCAGCAGAAGGUAUUUUUAUCCAUCAAAAUAUAUUUUAA